AUGGCCGGCAUACUCUUUGUGGUGCACAUUCCAUCCGCUCGCUAUGAGCGGGAGUUAAGACGCAAGGAGCAGGAACAGAUUGCCAAAACGACAACUGCCACCACGGAAGAUGAGAAGGACGGUGAACGACCGUCCACCAAGUCGGAUGAGAUGGAACCCUUCGUUACACCACAGCCUAAAAAAGCAUCAUCAAAGAUACCGAAAUCCAGCAAUAUAAUCAAACCGUCCGAUGAUCCUGGUAAAACAGCCGACCCGGUUGGACCACCAGUGAUCAAGUUUAUCGAUCAGGAUGGUGAGGAGGUAGCUUCCCAAACGGUUGAUCCUAAGGAGGACGAUGCGGAUGAAGGUGAAAAGGGAAAGGACAAAAAGUCUAACUUCCUGGCGGAACCGUUCGAUCGGGCAUCCGCACUGCGCAAGUCGUGGGAUGGCUUUAAGGAUCUCAUCGGUUCGGCGCGCAAAGAGAAGACGGCACGUGAGGAGGCAGCGGAAAAGUUGACCCUUACCGGUGAUUCCUCGAUGGAGGAGGUGCUGAAAACGAUCAUCGCCGAGAAGCGCAUUCACACUGCCGCAUGGAUCGAAACGGAUAAGGGCAAUGGUUUUCACAUUAUGUUUUCGAUCGAAUCAGGCCCCAUUGGAGAUGAUAUCAUCUACAUGCUUAGCUCGUGGGGCGUUGGCCAACGGUUCAACUCGACCAUCUCGAUCACGUCAUGCACAUUGUACAGUCAACCGCCGGAACCGGGUUUCGAAGAAGCAGAAGAGGGAGCGGCUAGCGACCCGAACAAAAACAACGAUGGCGCGUGGAACACCUUCCUAUCGACCGUCCGGGCACGGCUGAACGUGGCUCAGAUCGUGGAGGAAGUGAAGCAUGAUGCACAAGUGUCAUUCGAUUUCGUGUCGAUGCUUGCGGUGGCCAGUAUUUUGGCUGCGUUCGGAUUGGUUGAGGACAGUUCGGUGUUCCUCAUCGCUAGUAUGCUGGUUUCGCCGCUAAUGGGUCCUAUUAUUGCGGUUAUUUUUGGAACAGUUGUCAAAGAACGUACCCUGCAGCUGAUUGGUCUGAAGAAUGAAAUCAUCGGCAUUAUGCUUACCGUAUCGGUGGGUUUUAUCUUUGGCUUGAUCGUGUGCAACAUAGACGAACGGUACAGUGUUGGCGAAGGAAUAACGCAUGAAAUGUUGGCCCGUUGCGAAAUGCACUCGCUGCUGGUCGGUAUUGCCAUUGCGCUACCAUCGGGGGCAGCCGUGGCCAUCGCCAUCUUGGGCGAGAACAUUGGAUCGCUCGUCGGUGUUGCCAUCUCGGCUUCGUUGCUUCCGCCGGCAGUGAAUGCGGGCGUAUUGUGGGCUUUAUCGUGUCUAUACUUCCUGUUUGGAUCGGAAGAAUCUCGCUAUGGAACGCUCAUCAAAACUCAAAUCUACUCCGAAAACCAGGGUCUCGAACUAUUCACCCUCGGUUGUAUGAGCAUGUCUUUGACGUUGCUCAACAUUUUCUGCAUUUAUCUGGCUGGUGUAGUGUUCCUAAUCAUCAAAGAGGUAGCACCGGUGGUACCUAAAGACCAGAAGCAGUUCUGGAAACACGACAUCAAGAUUGCACGUGACUACAACCGCACGCUGCACACGCAUGAUGGUCACUCGAUGAGCAAAAAUCUCAUGCAGGAGCUAACAUCGUUGCACCACAACAAUGAAACGACUGGUGGGCUCCGCGGUGACUACCUUCUAAAUUCAGCCUCCAAAGGUAAUCAGAACACCUGGUCGCCGAGACACAACUAUCACCAGCGAGAUCACAGGCCCACGAUCCAGGAACUGGAAGCGCUCUAUCUUAGUCUAUCGGCUAACACUGCAGAAAACCAGUUCCACUACUCAUCACACCAUGCCGGACCGCAUUUCGCUCACUUUGAACGACUCUCCACUUCACCCACACAACAUCGGCGCAUGAAUCCCUCGAAUCCAAUCAACAUCCACGGCGGAAUAUCACGCCACAGUCGAUUCUCGGAGUCACUGCGUGGAGCAUCGGCACCAUUGUCAAAGAUACUGGAGGACGUUGCUGCGGGUACGUCCGGCGCAAAGGGUGAAACCAGUCACGGUGGACAUCAUGGUGGCAAAACAACGAGAAGCUACGGUUUGCCGGGAUUCAAGCGCAGCUCCAAAAAGUUCACCGUUACCCCGGCUUACGAUCCGAUCCAAAAAGAGUGA